CCAGAAGUGCCGUCUGUCUGUUCUGAGUCUAUUAGAAGCGACUUAGAUACAUAUUUGUGCUACAAGCAGCAAAUUCCCCCCAGAAGUAUAUAAUUUAAGUAAGAAACCUAGCUUUUCUGCAUUUUAUCCAACAAAUUUGGUCUAGUGACCCCCAGCAUAUAACAGUACUGUAAAUAAUCAAUCCCCCACAUAGAACAGCACAGUGAUUCCCAGCAAUCCUCAAUCACUGUGACCUUCAGCAACGCCAGUAUAAAUUUGCUCCAGCAUAUAAAUCCCAUUGUGACUGCUCCGGCAAUUAGUGUUCAAUGCAAAGUGCAACCAAGAAGUUCUCUGGGGUCUUCGCUGACACUUGUAUCUCUCCAGGUGCAGAAGAGGCUGCUGAGAGGGAUUAUCACUACUUGCUUAAAUCUCUGUGAUCCCUGGAGUGACGUCCUUUCAAUGAAACAUGCUACACGCCAACCUAAACAUCCAGUUGGAAGCAACCUCAGCCCAUCACAAUGUUGCCUUAGACCGGGGGUCCCCUGGGCUAUUUGGUAGCCCAGUAUGUGGACUGGCAGCCUAUAGGGAGGUCUGUUUGGCAGUGCAAUGGGUUUUUAUCAAACCAAAAGUUACCUCCAAGCCAGGAAUUCAAAAAUAAGCACCUGCUUUGAGGACACUGGGAGCGACUGGUUGCUCGUGAGCCACUGGUUUGGGAUCACUGCCUUAGACAAAUGGUCUCUGAGGGCUUCACACUCCUAUACUUUGAGUUGAACUCUCACUCGUGGUACAUUGGAUAUGGGAAAUCUCUGUGUGGACUCACCCCAGCAGUGCAGGGAAUUUUGAUGUAGAGACCUGAGCAGGUCCAUAUUCUUAGACCUGUACACGACCCAUACCCACGACCUAUGACCCACAACCUGAAAUCUUCUUGCAAUGAUCCACUACCCAACCCCCAAAAAGCCAACUUACCUUCCGACCCAGAGGGACACGAGAAACCGGAAGUGAUGUCACUCUGGUGCAGAAUCUGCACAAAAAUAAAAGCUGCUGGAGAAACAAGGGAGGGUGGGAAAGCUUAAGCCCGCACCUAUGCCGGGUACCCAGCAGGGUUAUCCAAGGAUUGCCCACACAGGGGCUUUUUGCCCAAAAUCAAACCACUCUGCAAAUACUCCGCAGGUAACCGACGCGGUGCAUGACUCUAUUUUGAUGUAUGCCUCAUAGAUAUCAUCUCCCAGACAUCAGGCCCCUUUAUCGGUGACUGAUCGAAUCCUAAGGCCUUUGCUCCAUCUUUAUUGCUUCCUUGGAUGAGCUCCUACUCUUGAGUCUGGCAUGAAACACACAGAUCAACCCCAAACUCGAUCCAGGCCAAGUGCUCCCUUCUCCAAAUGUCCCCCCAUGCUGCAGACAUUUCUCCCUAUACCCACAUUGCACUAUGCCCUCUUAUAUAUUUUCCUUUUGCUUUAUUUCACUUUAUUUCCUUUUGUUACAUGUUUAGUUUAAGCCCUAAUAUCAAUGUAGCUCUGUUAGUCUUGCCAUAGGAUUCCUUAUCAUCACCAACAGGCUUCCUCCUUUGUUAUAAUUCCUGCAGAAGAAUCCUAGAGGUGGCCAUACACAAGCUAAUACUUGGCCCCACCAGAUCAAGUCGGCAGCUUACUGGUCGUCGUAUGGGGCCCUUAUGACCUCCUCUUCGAAAACAUUCAGUAUUUGAGGAAUUAAAAAAAUAAUGGUUAGCAUUUUGGUUACUGGAGUAAAUGGCACCAACUGUCACCUAAGUCAAGCGUCACCUAGGGACCCAAUGAUCUUCAGGUUGUCACUUCUUUCAUAACCAUAACAAUAUAAUACAACCAUGACAAUGAAGAGCUUACAAUGGGGUUUCACUCAGCUCCAGGCUCUUUAAUAAGCAGAAAGAAAGUGUUUCCACCAGCCAGUGAGCUGCAAGAAGCCUUGACUUUCCGGUCUGGUUAGAAAAGCAACUUGCUGCAGGGAUCUAAAUCAUUCACCAUUGGUUACCGGCUUAAACAGACAAUGUCGGCAGUGGGCAGCAUUCAAGAUGUGCUCCAAGACAAGGGGAGAAAACAUAUUCGGAAUCGCGAGAAGCAAAAGAAAAAUCCAGAACUGAAAAGAGACUCCUGGAUCAGCUCAUCUUGGGAAACACCAGCCCCAGGAGCCUAUGAAAUACGAGAUUUUCUGCAAGAAAGACAACUUAAUCCUGUACAACCGACCUUUAGUUUCAAAUGCCAGGGCAGGAUCACAAAGCCGAACUCUGCAGCCUCCGGAGAAUUAUUAUUACCAGGAUGCUACAACUUCCCAGAUUUUGCUUAUUUUGCUGACAAGCUUCCAAAUACCUACUCUUUUAAGAACACCCGAAGGAACACCCUGUUACUUGGCAUCAGAGAUAAGGAUCUACACACAGAGCCAAACAGAUAUAAUGUCGUCCCCCUUCCAUCAGAGCCUCGUGAGUGCAAGGAUUUUAUGUUCCGUUCGGCAGUGAAGAGGUUUCCAUCCAGUUUUUUGGUUCCUAGGGAAGGUCCGGGGCCCGGAGAUUACGAGGUCAAAAGAAAUCCCUCUUGCGGCAUCUCAUCAUGUUUCAGGUCUAAGGUCCCCAGAUUUCCCGCCUACCGCUCCAAAACUCCAGGACCGGGAACGUAUGAACCAAUCCGACAGUUCCCGAAACAAACACCCACAGUUGCAAAAAUGGGUCGUCUGCACAACAUCUUCUUCUCCAGUUCAUUUGACUUGGAAAUUGUAAAUCGCAGGAAACAAUGAAUUCUUUGCUGUUUUCUGCCUCCACGAAAUGCUGCAAGAUCAUCUAUACCCUAAGAGAGAGAAGUCCGAUAUCCACUGACAACACAAACUGCAACACGGUGACCUGUUUGUUGGUUGAUCCAAGGUUGUCAUUAGUGGUGGAAGGAUCCAGAGCAGCAUGGUGGCCCAGUUAGUCCUGUUGCCUUACAGAAGUUGGGUGCUGAGUUCAACUUGUAGCAUCUGAUCCUAGAAUGUUAUAUAAUGAUAAUGUUAGAGUGUAAGCUCUGGUGGGGUGGAGACUGAUACCUAUGAUAAACAAUCUCUGUAAAGUAUUGAUUAAAUAUCUUACAUUUUCCUGUGGGUUUGACUAAUGGAAUUAUUAAAGGCUGAAUAUAUAUUUGUCUUUGGGUUUAUUUCUUAAAAGAUUCUGUGAAAGUUUUACUGGAUCAGCUUGGAUUUAUAGCCUCACCUUAAGGAGCCAUUGUUUUACUGGCACGCUGGCCACGAGCUUCACCUCCCAUAGGGCUCCUAUUGUGUUACAAUCCCAAGGGAGUCACUGCAAAAUUGGUGAAACUCUUGAGAAAACCUGCAUGUAUUGCCCCAACCCCACAUUUGACUAAGGGUGGCC